GGCCGCUAGCACGCACGCGCUAACUUGGAGCCUCCUCUCACGGCUGAUGGUGGAAGAUGGCGGCUGCUCAGGCGGUGGAGGAAAUGCGGACUCGCGUGGUUCUGGGAGAGUUUGGGGUUCGCAAUGUCCACACCACUGACUUUCCCGGUAACUACUCCGGUUAUGAUGAUGCCUGGGACCAGGACCGGUUCGAGAAGAACUUCCGUGUGGACGUGGUGCAUAUGGACGAGAGCACACUGGAGUUCGACAUGGUGGGGAUUGAUGCUGCCAUUGCCAAUGCCUUCCGGAGGAUUCUGUUAGCUGAGGUGCCAACAAUGGCUGUGGAAAAGGUUUUGGUGUAUAACAACACAUCCAUCGUCCAGGAUGAGAUCCUUGCUCACCGCCUGGGGCUUAUCCCCAUUCUUGCUGAUCCACGUCUCUUUGAAUAUCGGAACCCAGGAGAGGAGGAGGGAACAGAGAUAGAUACACUACAGUUUCGGCUGCAGGUCAGGUGUACCAGGAACCCCAGUGCUGCUAAGGAUUCUUCCGACCCCAAUGAACUCUAUGUGAACCACAAAGUUUAUACCAGGCACAUGACGUGGGUGCCCUUGGGAAACCAGGCUGAUGUCUUCCCGGAGGGCACGGUUCGCCCUGUGCAUGACGACAUCCUCAUUGCCCAGCUUCGGCCCGGCCAGGAGAUUGACCUGAUGAUGCACUGCGUCAAGGGCAUCGGCAAAGACCAUGCCAAGUUCUCACCGGUGGCCACAGCCAGCUACAGGCUCCUGCCGGACAUCACCCUGCUUGAACCUGUAGAAGGGGAAGCAGCCGAGGAGCUGAGCCAGUGCUUCUCACCCGGCGUGAUUGCGGUGCAGGAAGUACAAGGUAAAAAGGUGGCCAGGGUUGCCAAUGCUCGGCUGGAUACCUUCAGCAGGGAGAUCUUCCGUCAUGAGAAGCUCAAGAAGGCCGUGCGGCUUGCCCGUGUUCGGGACCAUUACAUCUUUUCUGUGGAGUCAACUGGGGUUUUGCCACCAGAUGUGUUGGUGAGUGAAGCUAUCAAGAUCCUGAUGGGGAAGUGCCGGCGGUUCUUGGAUGAACUAGAUGCAGUUGAGAUGGACUGAGGCUUCCACAGUACUUCUGGAAGGGCUUGGCUGCUCUUGGAGUUUGACCUUUUCCCAACUGCUCCGCUAUGCCCGGUGUUAACUGGAGGUCUGAUUUCAGUCUCAUUUCUAGUUACUACAUUUUAUUAAAUGUGCCACAGACUAAGAUGCCUUUGUAAGGCCUUUGCUGUAAAUAAAUUGGUCUUAAAAGUUU